UUUUAGGCGUGUAAGAAAAGUUAAAUAGAAAAACAUCAAAGCUGGAACUGUUUUCUCCAGAAAAAAGAGUCACAUUUUAGCCGCCGUAUUCCAUUCGAGUGUAGUUAAUAAUGGCCACAAAAGCUGUGCUUAGCACCAAAACUCCAAUAACGGAGUUGCAAGAGCUGUGCGUCGCUCAAAAAGCCCCCCAUCCGCUGUACACAUUCACCGGCGAAGAGGUCGACAGCGCAGCGCCGAAUUCCAAGGUUUUCACCACCUCGGUGUCGGCCCUUGGGUUCAGCAGUACCGGCAUCGGCCGAUCCAAGAAGGACUCCAAACAUGACGCUGCCCUCAAGCUGUUGAAGCUGCUGUUCCAGCGAGGGCUGAGCGACAUCGACGUGGACAACGAUGAGCACUUUUUGGCGGUGCUGUCGUCGGACAAGGUCACCGAAGUGCGGGACAUCUGCGUGCAGCGGCACUUCGAGAUGCCCGAAUUCGAGUGCGUGCGCAGUUCGGGACCGUCGCACGCGCCGGAGUUCGAGUAUGAGUGCCGUAUCGGGCAGAUAGUGCGCCGCGGCGUGCACAAGACCAAGAAGGGAGCCAAGCAGGCCGCUUGCAACGAAAUGAUCAAGACGCUUCAGGCCAUGCCGGUGGAAGACAGCGAAAUGCAAGUCCUACCUUUGCAUCAGGCCGCCGAGAUGGACCUGAACGAGGACGAGCACAUCAUUCGAACGUACCGGGAACUCAUCAACUCGGACAUCAAAAAGAAACUGGGCGUCAAAAUUGCGGACCGCCACCGGUUCUUCGAGGAGCUGGACGAUACGAAAAUUGCGGCCGCCCGGCGAAUCGCUAUGGAUGAGAUGCUGCAAGUCGAUGACAAAUGCACCCUGAUUCCGAAGGCUUUGGGGCUGAAGUUCGAAAUGAAGCGGGACAACAGCGACUUGCAGUCAAUCGAAGGACGAAAACUGUACACGUUUGAGCUGUUGAGCUCCGAGUACGAUUGCUUCAUUUUCGGCAAGGGCGAACAGUUUUACGACAGCGUUUACAGAUACUUUAAGAACAUGCUGAAUUUCGAUUAUAUUGAUUGAAUACGCUUUGUGAUGCUUUAUUUUUUAAGGUUUCAAGUAGGUCAUUUAUUCGGCUUAUUACACUGAAUUGAAUUGAAUUACAAUUACAUUUAUGGAUAACACUUUUAAUUUUACCGUCUGCUUACGCCAGUUCCGGUGUAAGGAUAAGUUUUUUGAUAAAAAUGUGAAUGCAAACAAUAUGAACGUCAUUGAGUUUUAUUAAUGUGUA